AUGAAUCGUGGGGUGUUUUUAGUGACUAUUUUCUCCUUCGGUGCCGUUCUCUCCCUUCCACAGUUUGAGUCAAAUCAACCAAAAUCAAGAAGACCUAUUCCUAUUUUCACGAGAGAAGCUGCAACUACUUUGAUAUUGCCAGACAAUGCGACAGCUAUUCGUGAAAAUAUUGUCGACAAUUUUACGUGCAAAGAAAGAAUUUAUGGAUACUAUGCAGACAUGGAAAAUGACUGUCAAAUAUUUCAUGUUUGUCUUCCUCAAGCGAGAGGUGCAAUGAAAUGGAGUUUUAUUUGUCCCGCAGAAACUGUCUUCAAUCAGGCUACAUUUGUCUGCACCAGGACUGAAAGUUCGAUACCCUGUGAAGAAUCUGAAAGUUAUUACGAGCUGAAUGAAGAACUCGGAAAAGUGGAGGAAGAGAAUAAUAAUUCAACAAGUUUAUCAACGCCGGAAGAAAAUGAAAUUCCCCAAAGUAACUAUCCAGGAAGAAGAUCAAGAAUCAUUUCCCAAGAAAAUUAGAUUUCGAUAUUGAAAAUAUUGGGAUAUUGAAAAUAUUUUAAAUAUUUUUCUUUUUUCCAGUAACUUUCAGAGUAAAGUGAAGAAAAAACUCGAAAUGGUUAGGUCGGAAAAAGUA